AACAUAGCUGGUUAACACUUGGUUAACGUUUGACCAGACAGGAUGGAGCUGCUCAGAUCACUCUGAAGUCUGAGGAGCGACUCACUCGAUCUCUCCAGCGAGACUGUGAUCAUGACUUCCAUGGUGCAUCUGUUGUUGCUCCCGCUCCUGCUCAGCAUUGCUGCUGGGACAGAUCUGGAGGAAAAGAAAGGCCCGUUUGAGAACAUCGAACUGGAUGUGCGAGAAGGGACUCCAGUGCCUUACGCCAUCUACCAGUUUCAGGUGACCAAUUCAGAGGUAAAUAACUUCCGGCUGAGUGGAGAAGGCAUGGAGGACAUUAAAAUUUCAAAGGACGGUUGGCUGUUUCUGGACAAGUCUCUGGACUGGUCUCGAGAUAAUCAUUACAUACUAGUGGUGGAGGCAUUGGCAGAUAAUGAAGUUGUGGAAGACCCAAUUCAUGUCACAAUAAAUGUGUUGGACGUCAACAACAACGCUCCGUACUUCAACCAGAGCGACUACACAGCCGUAGUUAGAGAACACAGUCGGGCAGGUGUUGAAUUUACCCGGGUGUUUGCAUUGGACCGGGAUGACCCUCAGACCCCCAACGCUCAUCUGAGCUACAGCCUGGUCAAACAGAUCCCCAGCAAACACAAUACGCUAAUGUUCCAGAUCGACUCCAACACUGGAGAGAUCUCCACCACUGAACAAGGUGAACUAACCCUUAAAGCCAGAGAAGGCAUCCAUUAUGGCAGAGGAGAAGAUAGGAGUAUUGACGCCCUGAAGGAAAAGUUUACUGAAUACUGUCCAAUGCAGAGGAUCUCCUUUGAAGAAAAUCCCUUCUUCACCUGUGUGGAGAGAGCAGAAUUGAGAAGGAGGAAUGUGGACCCCAUGGAGGACCCAGACUACACCCUGAUUGUGCGCGUGGAGGAUUUGGGGGGAGAUUCGGAGACGGCGCUGAGUGGAAACACCAGGGUGUACAUUGUUGUGCAGCAAAAUCUGUGGGUCAAUCCUGGUCCUAUAACUGUGAAAGAAAACUCAGAUGGACCUUACCCUCUGGUCAUCACUCAGGUCCAGUCUAAUGAGCCAAACGCCAUCUACAGAUUAGUUCAGAAGGAGCGAGAGCUGCGAUUCCCCUUCGAGAUCUCAGAAAACGGAGAGAUACUUCUGACAGACGUGCUGGACAGAGAAGACAAGGACAUGUACAUCCUGGUGGUUCUGGCUGUGGAUCACACCGGUUCAGAGGUGGAUCCACCCAUGGAGAUUCAGGUCUUAGUAGAAGAUGUGAACGACAACAAACCAGUGUGUUAUAACGAGUUGAGUGUCUUUGAGGUGCAGGAGGGAGAGCCAGUAGGUAGCCUGAUCGGUCAGCUGUUGGCCCAAGAUGACGAUGAACCCGAGACAUUGAACUCUCAGCUGACUUACACCAUCGUGUCCGAAGAUCCUGCAAUUAAUUCCGCCUUCUCAAUCGACGAUGCGUCUGGAAAAAUUCAGGCUUUACGCAUGCUGCAGAGAAAGGACCAGCAGAUCUUUACAUUCAAUGUCAGAGUGAAUGAUGCAGCUUUCAGCGAAGAAUGUAAGGUCGUCAUCAAGGUCAUUGAUGUCAACAAUGAGAUGCCUCUGUUUGAGAAGAAGGAUUACGGCACUCACACUCUGGCCGAGGACAUGGCUGUGGGAAGCACAGUGUUAAACAUCAGCGCAUCAGACGGUGAUGAUCCAGACAGCGGCAGCUCCCUCAUCGAGUUCCACAUCUCUAAAGGCGACGAUGAUGAAGUUUUUGCUGAAACAGACGGAAAAGGUGUCGGUCAUCUUGUCAUCGUUAAGCCUUUGGACUUCGAGGCCUCUCCCAUCUUCAAUCUUCAGAUUGAUGCUCGUAACCCGGAGCCGCUGAUGAAAGGUCUGGAGUACGGUGCUGAGUCCACAGCCUUCGUCUCAGUGUCUCUCACAGAUGUAGAUGAGGCUCCAGAGUUCAGCAUGGACAUCCUGGAUGUUACUGUGCCUGAAAACACCACCAAGGGUUCAGUGCUGCUCACUGUGGAGGCGAAGGAUCCAGAGGGCAAAGAUAUCACUUUUAAGUUGGAUGGUGACACUCGGGGCUGGCUGGAGAUCGAUGCUGCCACAGGACAGAUCAAGACCAAAGCAAAGCUGGACAGGGAAAUCCUGGAGGCAUUCGACGUCACUGUCACUGUAUUUGAGAAGGAGAACCCCAAAAUGUCCUCUGAGCGUGUCCUGUCUGUGAGGGCUGAUGUGAACGACAACAGCCCCGAACUGACGGAGACUCAGUUUUUCAUCUGUAUGCAGAAACCUGAACCUGUCAUCAUCAGAGCCCACGACGCAGACAGUGCCCCCUUCUCACAGCCCUUCACCUACCUGGGUAGUGGUAGUGGCAAAAAGUCUCCCAACUGGGAUCUGAAAGUUGUGGAUGGGACAACAGCUAGACUGACCCUGAUGAAAAAAGCAACUGAGGAGAAAACCUUCAGAUUUCCCAUUGACAUCAAAGACAAUGCAGGCAUGGGAGUGAAACAGAUGUUUGAAGUGAAAGUAUGUAACUGCACAGCGCUGGGCUACUGCUACAUUGCACCAGAAGGGCGCGUCUUAAAUUAUGGAAUUGGACCCACCAUCGGGAUCCUAGCCGGCACUCUUGGAUUCUGCAUUAUCAUCUUCAUCGUCGUGAUCAGAAAAAUUAAAAAAAACAAGAAGAAGGCUGUGUCUGGACAGGAGGAGAGUAACGCCAUGAUGUAGAGACAAUGCCCAAAUACACACACAUUUGUUUUUCUAUACUUGAGAAGAUGACAUCCAUAUUCCUAAAACCAAGUUUGUAUUCUAUUUCAACGUUUUCCUUUUUUUUUAGACCUUAGAUCUGGAUAUGUACAAAAGAGAGUGGAGCUUGAUUAAUAAGUGAAGUGCUAAAUGAAAUUAUGGUGGCCCUAAUGCUAAUCAUACAUUUAUGAAGCUUGAUUGUAAUUUAUUUAAAUUACUCUCUCAGGCACAGGUGGUUUCAUUAGCAGUUUUAUCAUCAUCAUUAAGCAAUUUGUUUAAAGUUCUGUGUUUUGCUUUUUUGGGCCUUGUUAUUAAUCUGCUAAAACCGUAUUGAAAUCUUUGCAAUAGCUUAAAAUAUCUUCACAGUUAUGAAACAUCUUUAACUAAGAACAUCACUGAAGUCAAAAACUGCCAUGAACAACAACUACUGUGUUUUGUAAUGAGCCAUUAGUGCUCUAUUUCCAAAUAAACAAAUAAACAGGGAAACACUUUUU